UGCCGGCCGGCGUCUGGAUCACUUGCGAGUUGUGACUUGUGAGCACCAACAAAAGGCACAUCUCCGCAGAUCACAGCCACAGGGGUCACACGGAGCCAAUCCAUCCUCGUCACGCCCCCAGCCACACCACACCACACCACGACCUCACCUGCCGCCGCCGCCGCCUCCUCCAGUCCUCCUCCAGCGCCCGCCGCGCCGAUGGAGUCCCUGGGCGUGCUGCUGCUCCACCCCGUGAACGCGUACCUGGAGCAGGAGCUGGACCGCCGCUGCCGCCUGUACCGCUUCUGGGAGUCGCCCCGGGAGGAGUUCCUCCGCGCGCACGCGGGCGCCGUUCGCGCCGUCGUCGGCAACGCCAACUACGGCGCCGACGCCGCGCUCAUCGACGCGCUCCCGGCGCUCGAGAUCGUCGCAUCCUUCUCCGUCGGCAUCGACCGCGUCGACCUCGCCAAGUGCCGCGAGCGCGGGAUCCGGGUCACCAACACCCCCGACGUCCUUACCGACGACGUCGCCGACCUCGCCGUUGGACUCGCCAUCGCCGUCCUCCGCAGGAUCCCGCAGGCCGACCGCUACGUCCGCGCCGGGCUAUGGAAGUCCAGGGGCGACUACACCCUCACCACGCGGUUCAGUGGCAAGAGAGUUGCUAUUCUGGGGCUUGGCAGGAUAGGCUUAGCGAUAGCAAAAAGAGCCGAGUCAUUCGGUUGUUCCAUAAGCUAUAACUCAAGAUCAGAGAAGCCUUUCCCAAACUACAAGUUCUAUGCGAACGUUGUUGACCUGGCAGCCAACUGUGAUGUGCUUAUCGUGGCGUGCUCGCUCAAUGCUGAGACCCAUCACAUCGUCAACCGUGAGGUCAUCGAUGCGUUGGGUCCAGAGGGCGUGCUCGUGAACGUUGGCCGCGGAGCACACGUGGACGAGCCCGAGCUCGUGUCUGCUCUCGUCGAGAAACGCUUGGGAGGAGCGGGCCUCGAUGUGUAUGAGCACGAGCCUGUGGUUCCAGAGCGGCUUUUCGGUUUGGAUAAUGUCGUCGUAGUGCCUCAUGUGGGCAGCGACACUGAAGAAACAUGCAGGGCGAUGGCUGACCUAGUGCUAGGAAAUUUAGAGGCGCAUGCGUCGAAUGAGCCAUUGCUCACUCCGGUUAUCUGAUUGUUGCUGGUAGGCACUUGGUCUGAGAUUGGUAGAAGAAGAACAUGACACGGUGGUUUGUAAUCCCAACUCUGCACUCUGCUAUUUUUUGUUUUUGGUUUGCCAGUCAGCAAGCUGUUACUCAGAUCAGCCAUGAUUAAUAAGAGUAGCUAUCUAUGGAGAUACUCUUGCGUUGACAUAUGAUUGUCGUUAGCACUUGGUCUGUCAGGAGAUUAGUUGAAGGACAUGACACCAUGAUUUGUAAUCCCAACUCUGCACUCUGCUAUUUUUCGUUUGCUACUUACUAGUCAGGCUGCCAUCACUAGGGACAUGCUGUUCUCUUUUGUAAGUCAGGCUGUUACUCAGCUUGGCCUUGAUUUUAUGAUUAAUAAGAGUACCUAUCUAUGGAGAUAUUCACAUUGACAUA